CGAACAUCAAAAGAAGGCGAAGAAGAAGAGCGCGCGCGAAACAAGUGCAGGCGGCCGGCUGACUUGAAAGAUAACGGGCAAGGCGUGCGGGGAAAAGCUACAGCAGCGGCAGAAGCGGCAGCCGAUUAGCCCAGGAGGUACGAGGCAUUGCGAUAAACUCACCGGAAUCUAUGAGAUCCGCCAGGACACGAGAGCACCAAAUGCCACACCUCCAGGCAAGCGAGAAGAGAGCUACCGAAUUUGACUGAACGUGAACUGCUCUCGCCGAGUGUUUUGGAUUUUCGGUUUUUACUCAGGCAUGGAGCGUCAGCCGGGCUCGUCGACCUUUGACGACCGUCUUAUCCGCAGGACUUCACCACCUUUCGCUCGUCGCAGCCUUCAACGACGCCCAAGGUGAUAGCGCGAUACUCCUUUGCGGAGAUCGGAAGGUGUAAUAACUGCAAUUUGAAGCGUGCAGAAAAUAAGCAAAAAAAAAAAAAAAAAAAAGAAUCGAACAAGCAACUCAAGUGAGCGCAGGGGAGAGCCCAAAAAGCAGCACUUGUGCGCCGCGAGGACCAUUGAAAUUUUCGCACGAUGCCGAACAUUAACCUGAAGGAGUUGCCAAUGAAGGCGCACUACUUCUUUUACUACGGCGCGCUUUCUGGCUUCCUGCCCUUUAUCGGCGUCCUGAUUAAGGACCGUGGAGUGUCUGCCGUCGAAGUGGGCCUUAUCUACACCGUGGCACCCUUUUUCUCCGCGGCUUCAAAACCGAUCUUCGGCGCUAUCGUCGACCACUCAAGGAAGAUCAAGGUCGUCAUCCUGUCUUUCCUUAUCUGCAUUAUGGCAACGUUCGCAGCGAUAAACUUCCUGCCUGCCGCCGCUCAAGGAGUGACAGAAGGCAAUGGUUCCACUCAGCUGAACUUGUCAAUAUCCGUCACACCUGAAGACAUUGCGAGUAGAUCUCAUGUAAUACCACUUCCCCAACUAAAUUUAACGCAACCAGCUCUAGUGGACCUGUCCUGUCACUUAACCUGCAUCAGGGAAGGUAAUCAAUCAGAGAACGACGUGCAGUAUGAAAGUGUACGAGUGCGUGCGAACGUCAGCGACACCAAUCUAACGCUAAGGUUCCCUGCCGGGAAAGUUGAAAAUGUAUCCGGAACUUGCAAUAUAUUUUGUCCUUUGACGGGCAGGGGUUCAGAAGCUGCGUCGGGCUCUGUUCUCGCAACGGCGGUAUUCUGGUUGUACUGCAUCUUCGUGACGGUCAACUACGCGGCCAUCGGCUGCGCCAACUCUCUGACGGACACCGGGUGCUUCGAGCUUCUCGAAAGCGAAGGUGCCGACUCCAAGAGUCGAUUCGGCUUGCACCGGUUGUGGGGCACUGUGGGAUGGGGCAUAUUCGCCGCCGGAAGCGGAUACCUCAUCGAUGGCCUCAAGGGGACCAGCGGCCCGUCGUCUCGCACAGACUAUUCGGCGGGCCUUUACUUGGCUGCCGCACUGAUGCUCGUCGAUGCAGCCUGCGUCUGCAUCUGCGACAUCAGGAAAAGCAAGAGCACCGAGAGCAUUGCCAAGGACGUGUUCCGCCUUGUGUACAAGGACAGUCGCGUGUGGUUUCUCCUCCUGGACGCCACCAUCGGCGGCGUGUUCGUGGGCAUCGUGUGGCAGUACCACUUCUGGUACUUGGACAACCUCGGUGCUUCAUCGGCGCUGAUGGGUGCUACUGUGGCGGUGCGUAGCUUCGCCGAACUUCCGGUCUUUGUGUGCGCGGGUUGGGCCAUUGGCAAGGCGGGACACGUGUUCGUUCUGCGCGCCGCUCUUGUGUCGAUGGCGGUCUCCUUUGCGUUGUACUCGAUAAUCGUUAACCCCUGGGUGACCCUUCCUGUGGAGCUACUGCUCGGCUUGGCUCUCGGAGCCUUCUUCACGGCCAUUCCUUCUUACGCCGAGGAAGUGGCGCCGGCCGGAACCGAGGCCACAACUAUGGGACUCGUGAUGGGCUUCUUCGAAGGCAUCGGUACUGCGCUGGGCGGCAUGGUAGGUGGAGCUGGCUUCGAGUGGUUGGGCGGUGCUUCCACCUUCCAGCUGGUGGCCGUAGCCGGCUUCACGUGGUGCUUGCUGGCAUACGCUCUGGACGCGUCAUUCGCCUACCUGACUCGAGCAGGCAAGCCGGGCCGCUCAGCAACAGCCAAGAGGAGAGCUGCUGCCCCUCCUUCCGAACAUGGUUCAGGCGGCGAAGUUGCGUCAGCGGAAAAGAGCGCUUACGUCUACAGUCCCGUCGAAACAAACGUGUGAUCAAGUGCUCGGACUGAUGGCGAUCUCUUGCAAAGGACAGUGUGCCUUGUUCACGGAAACAAAAAUCCGUAUACAUGUAGUGUUCCAGUGUGAUUCACGAACAGCGAUGUGUGCAAUUGCACAGGAAUGUGUGGAUGACACUGCCCAUAUACUUGGCGAAUGGUGAGAAGCCCCCACACUAGGGUAUACACACCGUAUCUCCGCCAAGCAUGACUCGAUGCAUGGGGCGAAAUCCAUGCAACGCCCCUCCCAGAUAUCAGUUAGUCAGUCAAGAACAUUGUUGAACGGUGAUGAGGAGUUUAAGCCGCCGGGUGAUCCACGACGGACACCCUACAGCAGCCGCUACCGUAGGUGACGCCGCAUCUAGGAUAUAUAUUUUUUUAUGCCACUGCAGCAUCGACGAUGCGUGA